CGGGAGUGAGAGAGUCUGUGGAAUGCAGAAGUGAGCUGAGAACUAUUGAACUGGAACUGUACACGUUUUGUCACAGAGUUUCACUAUUACUGUUUUGUAGUAGAAUCGCCAGUUGUAUUCUGUGUGUGUGUGUAGAACAAUACCCAGGACACUUAGGCAGACAUGUAGAUAUAGUUUAGUAAGUUAUAGGCCCUAGAUCUACUUCAAGUGAUCUCGUUCACUUAAGAUAGAAUGGUGCCAAAAUCUUAGUUGAAACAAAAUUUCAUAAUGUUCUUCAUUAUAUGAUGUUGGAUAAAGUGGCUAUCGGAUUAGGACACAAAUCUAGAUCUACUAUCAGAAUAUAUGACUUGAGCCGUGCAGUCACCAAAGUGUUUCUGGUCACGACUAUUUGGAUGUAAGCGUUCAUCAGUUGCUCUGUCCACACAUACACACAGACGGGGGGCAUGGGGCCAGGCAGAAGUCACCAGAACGGGCUGCCCAGACCGUCUAAGCUCAAGGGAGACUCGGAGGACGAAAGACUUGACCUGACCAUGAAGUUGGACAACCUGAAACCAAGAGCCAAGACUCCAGCAUUCAUUUAUAUUUUGACGUUUUUCUCCGCCCUCGGAGGCUUCCUGUUUGGCUACGACACUGGAGUCAUAUCAGGGGCCAUGAUACUGCUGAGAAAUGAUUUCAGUCUGUCCUCAGUAUGGCAAGAACUGAUUGUCAGUGUCACCAUUGCCGCGGCUGCUGUCUUCGCCCUGGUGGGUGGCUUUCUCAAUGACAGAUUAGGGAGGCGACCUGUCAUCAUGGGUGCAUCCAUUCUCUUCACCCUGGGAUCUAUCAUGAUGGCUGUGGCCAAGGAUAAAUUCUCCCUGUUGGCUGGGCGAGUUGUAGUUGGAGCAGGGAUAGGAUUGACGUCUACGACUAUACCAAUGUACCUGGCUGAAUGCUCCCCGACCUAUGCCAGAGGAAGUCUGGUCUCUACAAAUAUAGCCAUGGUAGCCUUUGGUCAGUUCAUGGCAAAUGUAGUUGAUGGGAUAUUUGGAGUGGAUGCUCAGGAUGGAUGGAGGUACAUGUUGGGUCUAGGAGCUGUACCCGCAGGCAUUCAACUCUUAGGAUUUCUGUUCAUGCCUGAGUCUCCUCGCUGGUUGGUCAGCUGCGGGCGCGAGGAGAAAGCCAGGAGAAUCUUGCAGUCCAUGAGAGGAGCGCUGGACAUAGAGGAGGAAUAUGAGAACAUCAAACAGACUGUAGUGGAGCUCGAGCGGGAACAAGAGACUAGAGGCAAAACUCCCGUCAUAGUGCAAAUGUUACGUGUGCCAGCCAUUCGAAGAUCUCUGUUAGUUGGCUGCUCACUUCAAAUCAUACAGCAAGUAGCCGGCAUCAACACAGUCAUGUAUUACUCAGCGACCAUCAUCCGGAUGUCUGGUGUGAAAAGUGAUGAAGCUGCCAUCUGGCUGUCGGCGGUGACUGCGGCCGUCAACUUCCUGUUCACGCUGGUGGGGCUGUACCUGGUGGAGAAAAUUGGACGCCGUCCACUGACGCUAGGCAGCUUGAUGGGGGCCAUCGUCAGCCUGGCAUGGUUGGCGGUGGGAUUUCACCUGUCAGCCCUGAAUACGCCGCCCAUAGAUGUGGUGGAGCAGGCGGCGGGAGACUCAAGGUGUUCACGUUAUAGAACAUGCAAUGACUGCAGACAAGAUUUAGAUUGUGGCUAUUGCUACGUUGACCUGCCCACGCUGAUUGUCAACUCUUCGUGCCUGCCUACGACGUACGAACACCCUUGGACUUCUACAGUGGGAAGAUGCAACAGCAGCACCCUUCCCGGCUCUCUGACCUGGGCCUAUGACUACUGCCCCACGCCUUACUCCUGGAUGCCUAUGGUUGGCUUGGUCUUAUAUCUGGUGUCCUUUGCUCCAGGCAUGGGCCCAAUGCCGUGGACAAUCAACUCAGAAAUCUAUCCACUGUGGGCUCGCAGCACAGGCAACUCGGUGUCCACAUUUAUGAACUGGACAUUUAAUUUGGCUGUGUCCAUGUCUUUUAUAUCACUUACAGAAUCCCUGUCAAGAUAUGGUACUUUCUGGCUGUAUGCUUGUUUAGCUUUUGCUGGAGCCAUACUUCUUGCUUUGAUACUUCCAGAAACUAAAGGGAGAACACUAGAGGAAGUAGAAGGACUUUUUGCAAGCUCAUGGUUUCAAAGGUCCUGGUUUGCCGGCUCUAGUGAUCCCAUUCAGUCCCUCAAUCCUCAGACCAUCCAGUAUGUUCACAUACGUGGACUAAAUCGAGACGGUAGGGAGUCAGAGUUGGAUUCACCUGAAUAGCAGUUAGCAAGCAAUAGGACAGAGAAAUGAUUUGACAUUAACAAGAAGUGAUAGAUUGGAACUCUGUAUAGGGGACUCGACUAUCUUCUUGAAACUGUUAGAAACACUGUCGAUAUCGUAAGUUGCAAUGCAAAGACCAAUACUUCGCUAGGGGCAUUGCAAUGGAUUCUUAGCCAAUGUGUUACGUUCGAAUGAUAAAAAGUGUUUAAUUGAUCCAGACUAAUUGAUAGCAGUUGUAAAUACAGAUUAAUUGAUUGCAGCGUUGCGAUAUUGCUACGUUAUGCUGAAAGUGGAACUGUGCACAAGAACUAGGAAACAUGUUUUGCAGUGAGUCCAACAGCUACAGAACAUGCAUACUAGUCAAACUUUGCUUACCUAUUCGUACGCUAUUUGUUUCACUGUUCACGUAGUAGCUAGAUAGAUAUGUAGACAAAUAGAGUACUAUUAUUGUUGGUCUAUGUGAAACGUAUUUAACCAAGCAUUUUACGUGUUGGAUCAGUUUGACAUGUAGAACAUAGCAGCAAAUAGAUCGAAUAUGUUCCUCGUACUAGUCAAUAGUAACACUUUAUCCUGACCUAUGCUGAUUCUGUGACUACAGGACGUGGUGUGCUUCAUGUAUCUUGCAAUACCGUAUUGAGCAAUGGUGUAUUUGGAUAUCUAUGUUGUCUGAACUUAUUCAUUUAGUAAAUGAACAUUAGAUUCAUGCUGAAAAAAACCUGGCAGACACAAACAAAACAUGUGCACAACCCAGUGCGCGUGUCUUUAAAUUUAAACUUCAUUUUGUCAAAAUGAUAAAAUACAUCCACAUCAUACAAAAUAAUUAAAGUUAAUAUUGUGAUAAUUAAACAAAGAAAAUAAAUACUACACACUAUUGCUACGAUAGUUUGACUUUGUACAUUGGUAUUCUGUACAAUUAGGAGAGCUACAUUGAUACAAAAUUCUUAAAUAAAUGUAGGUACUGACAUAACGUCAUAGCGGCGAUAAAACAACACCUUUGUAUAGAUAUAGGAUACACAGUGGAGGUGCUACUUAUAAAACUAUAUCAAUGAAUAAUUGUGUUGGUUUAUAUCAGGUACAAUGGUCAGGUGUUGAUAUGGGGCAGGACUUUAAUUGAGUGGGUUGUGUUCUCUGCUCAUGGGAAAUAUAAUGAAUACAAAUAACAAGAAGUACAAUAUAAUUUGAGAUUUGCAUUUUUUCUAAGUUUCUUAAAACAAAUGUCAAGAAACGUGUACACGUUACUACUUGUGAUGCUGGACAAAGCAUCUUCUUGUUUGAAGCAAUGAAUAGCUGUAAGAAACAGAGACACAAGCUUUCAGAUUGACUUCUUAUUAUCAUCAUCAUUGGGAGAAUGGAUUUGGAUAUUAAAGAGAUAGUUGAUGAAAUGAGCUCUAGGACUGAGUACAAGUAUGAAAAAAAAAGUAAAUGACAAAGUGAGGUACAAUAUCAUUGGGCUAUUUGCAAAACAAUACAAAUACCUCCGUUAUCACGUGAAACUGGCUGUGUCAACCUAUGGAAUGACCUCGGUGGUCAUCUAGUUAUUAUAUGGCACAUCGCUCUACCAUUCUUUGAUCAAUUAUCUUUAAAUCAGUUACAAUUAAAAAAUCCAAAUGUAGACCACUACAGCUUCUAGAAACUGAUGUUGAAACAGACUCUGCGUUGCCUCUAUUCUACCAUAUUCUGUUAUAUCUCUACAUGAGCUUGUAUCUAUUGACAACAUUUGUGGCUUUACAUUCAAACUAUAUUUUUUUGUAAAAAAUUCUUAUCUAUUUUGUAUGGUUUUAUACGCCAUAAGCUCCAUGCUGCCAAGUUACACAAGAAAUAAGUUCAACAAGAGGGACAUGUCCCUCUAUUUAUCUAUUGUUUGCAGUAGUUCAAGUGGAACCUGUAGUGUUCAUUUAACAGUGUAUGUUUAUAUUCAAACUAUAGUGUCUUUUUAUACACCUAGAGGCAUUAUGUCGUCAUUAUAAAAGUAUGUUCCAAACAGUUUCUGGUUUGGCUCCAUGUGAGAAACUCAAAUCGGAAGAUUGGUUCGUUCUAUCAUCUAAAUAGAAUCUAUUGGCCUAAUGGGACGUAAUGCUACUAGUUAGAUUUAUAGUUAAACUAGGAUAAAAAAAAACAAGCACGUAUGGUAAAUGUAACAAUUAUUCUUAUAAUUUCCAAAUACAGACAUUAUAACUUUGGACAAAUACUGAACAUUUUAUGGAAGUACACUGUAGGAAAACUAAAAACGUAUAACUUACAUAGGUCAGGUCACUCAAUGACUUUCUUUGCGGUGAUUCACUUUUUUUUUAUCCUAAUGUUCAGUGGCUCAAACUAGACCUGUUUAUCUGUUUUCUUGUUAUUUAUUUUGUUAUGCUGAUAAUGAAUUCUCUUGGUUUAGACUAUUCAUCAAAUCUGACCCAAAUGUCUUGUUCUAUUAUUGUAAUAAUAAUCAAUGCAAUCUAAUACUAACUACUGUUAUUCUCUAUAUAAGUAGUAUAUAUUAGAGAUGUUUUAAGUCUGGAAAUAAACUAUUUGUUUUCAA